UCACCGCAGGGGAGAAGAAAACCCCAAGCCGCAACCCCCUCGCGUCUCCACGAGUCGCCGCCUCUCUCCUCGAAUCUCUCCUUCUCGCCGUCGGUUGUUUUGAGAGAGUGACUGAGGCGGAGACGUGGCGAUGGCGGGCGGCGCGGUGAGGGAGGUUGGGUCGAAGGCGGAGUUGGACGCGGCGGUGGGCGGCGCGCGGGCCGCCGCGGUGCACUUCUGGGCAGCCUGGUGCGAGGCCUCCAAGCAGAUGGACGAGGUCUUCGCCCACCUCGCCGUCGACUUUCCCCACGCGCUCUUCCUCCGGGUUGAAGCUGAAGAACAACCGGAAAUUUCAGAGGCAUAUGGCAUUACAGCAGUUCCAUAUUUUGUUUUCUGCAAGGAAGGCAAAACUGUUGAUACUCUGGAGGGUGCAAAUCCAGCCAGCCUGGCCAACAAGGUUGCAAAAUUUGCUGGGCCUGCCAAUGUUGCCGAGUCUGCUGCACCUGCUAGCCUGGGGGUGGCUGCUGGGCCUGCUGUACUUGAAAAGGUCCAAGAAAUGGCACGGCAGAAUGGAUCUUCUGCUGCUGAAAGCACACAGGCAGAUAUGCUGAAUAAGCGAUUGGAGCAGCUUGUCAAUUCCUAUCCUGUCAUCUUAUUCAUGAAGGGAAAUCCUGAAGAACCAAGGUGUGGUUUCAGCCGAAGAGUGGUUGACAUUUUGAAGCAGGAAGGUGUCGAAUUUGGAAGCUUUGACAUCCUUACAGAUAAUGAAGUACGUGAAGGGAUGAAGAAGUUCUCUAACUGGCCAACUUUUCCUCAGCUGUACUGCAAAGGUGAGCUGCUUGGUGGAUGUGAUAUUGUUAUUGCUAUGCAUGAAAGUGGCGAACUGAAGGAUGUUUUAAAGGAGCACAACAUUCCUCUUCGACCACAAGGAAGCAGAAAUGAGGAGCCAGUGAUAUCCGAGUCUGCAACUGAAAAGAGUCCUGAACCAGUUGGGCUUACGGAAGCUCAGAAAGUUCGUUUGGAGAGCCUCACCAAUUCUAACCCGGUGAUGGUAUUUAUCAAAGGUUCACCGGAGGAGCCCAAGUGUGGGUUCAGUGGGAAGGUCGUACAUAUUCUUAAGCAAGAGAAGAUUCCUUUCUCAAGUUUUGACAUUCUUUCUGAUGAUGAGGUUAGGCAGGGCCUAAAGGUUCUAUCAAACUGGCCUAGUUACCCUCAAGUGUACAUAAAGGGUGAACUGGUUGGUGGUUCAGACAUAGUGAUGGAGAUGCAUAAGAGUGGGGAGUUGAAGAAGGUUCUCUCUGAGAAAGGCGUUAUUCCGAAAGAGAGCUUAGAGGACCGACUAAAGGCCCUGAUUUCCUCAUCCCCGGUGAUGCUGUUCAUGAAGGGCAACCCAGAUGCUCCACGUUGUGGCUUCAGUUCAAAAGUUGUGAAUGCAUUGAAAGGAGCUGGGGUCAGCUUUGGGUCUUUUGACAUUUUAUCUGAUGAAGAAGUCAGACAAGGUCUGAAGACAUACUCGAACUGGCCAACCUUUCCACAACUCUACUACAAAUCAGAACUGAUGGGUGGCUGUGAUAUUGUUUUGGAGAUGGAGAAGAGCGGAGAGCUGAAGUCCACGCUUUUGGAGUAAUGAGUAUCCUCGCGUCUUAUCGCAGUCCGUCCUAUGGUGUUUGGUGUUUUCAGCAUCUGUCCUAUAUAUCAAAUUGCUCUAUUCAGUGGCAUUUUACGCCGAUGUAUUUGUAGAUCCAUGUUUUAAACUUGGAAUAUCCCAGUGCUACGCUGCUUGAACUGUGACAGCUGCAGAAGAAAUAACUUAAGGGACUUGUUGAGUAGUUGGUCUAUAUUACAACUUCGUUUUUACUGCCUUGGCUCGGGCUGAAUGUUGGAGAAGAAAUGUACUACGGGAUCCCUCUGUUCCCCAUAAAGGUUGUCACAAUUUUGAACUAGCUUUAGUUCAAAGCCGUGAUGGAGGGAGCAGCUAUAUUUA